AAUCAACGCAUCCUCAAGUUUUUUACCUGCAGCUUCGCUGACUUCUUCCAUUUCAAUCGCUCCAUUUCGCACAAAUUUCGAGGCGUUCGUGUGAAUCCCUCUUUUGAUCGGAUCGAAAUUGAUUUGUUUCGUUUCGUCUGAAUUUCUGAUGAUCGUCCAAGUUUGAGAUUGUAUGUUUUUUGUUAUCAGGUUAUCAAUUUCUAUAUCGGUUCACCGAAUCGAGGUGAAUCAGUAAUCUGGUUUUGGGUUGGAAUUUGUUUGGUGAUCGGUGGUAAGGAAUUGAGUUUUUUGAGAUCGAGAUAGAUCGGGCAGCAGACGGGGAUUUGAGACGGAGAUCGUGGAAGGAAUAUGAGAUUGCCGAUGGUUGAUUGCCGUAGCUUGAUUGAAUUUUGCCGAGCUUUCGAACAACACAAGAAUAUGACGCCGACGAAUAGCAACAAUCACUCCCGGAACAAUAAGAAGUUCAAUAACGCUUCCAAUUCUGUUAAUCCCUUAUCGCACCCUUUUUGCGACCGAUCCCCAUUCGCUGCCCUGGAUAUUCUUAUGCUGAUUCUGGUGCUUGGAGCACUUGGAUUUUUAAUCAUACCGUAUAUCAAUAUUAUAUAUCGUGAAGCCAUUGAGAUUCUCCCGUUAGUUUGUGACGUUAUCCAAGAAGUAAUCUCGGAUGCCCCAAUCGCAUAUGUCGUUGGAGUAGUCGCGGCGUUCAGUGGAGUGAUCGCUACCAUCGCUGCUUGGGAAAUACUUGAAGUAAAAUCAAGGAAAUGUGGAAAACCUAAUUGUAAAGGACUGCGUAAAGCUGUUGAAUUCGAUAUCCAGCUGGAGUCGGAAGAGUGUGUUAAGUAUCUGUCCUCAGGAGGAACAGCGGAUAACGAUGUGAAGCCAUUGGAAUUAGGGCAGGAUCACAAGGAGCUGGAGGCAGAAUUGAAGAAGAUGGCACCAGUUAAUGGCCGGACUGUUCUUAUUUUCCGAGCACCAUGUGGAUGUCCAGCUGGUAGAUUGGAGGUUUGGGGGUCUAAGAGAAUCCGUAGAAUCAAGAAAUGAGUAUGUUACAUGUCUCUUUAGAUAGAAUAAAUAUGAGCUGAUGUUACUAUUCAGAACUCCUCUUCGACUUAUAUACACAAUAACGGAACCCCAGCUGUUUCAGUAAUCACUAUUACUUAUCAAGUUAGAUGAAAAUCAAAGAAACAUUUGAUGUUA